AUGGAAUACGAUCGUGAAAAAAAAUUGGGAGAAGGAGGUUGUGCUAUUGUUUUUGAAGGUGUAUGGAAUGGAAAGCCAGUGGCUGUUAAACGAAUUCCUAAAAAUGAGGUCACAAGCAACGAGAGAGAGGAAGAUGCACUGAAAACGCUUAAUCAUCAAAAUGCCAUCAAGUUAUUUCACGUCGAAAGUGACGAAGAUUUUAGAUACUACGUUCUUGAAUUGUGCAAUGCUUCACUGGAAAAACUAUUUCUUACAGAUGACGAUCCCAAAAAAUACAGUGGGCCGAUGCCCACAGUUAAAGAUGUACUUUUGCAAUUGGCCAUAGGACUAGAACACAUUCACAACAAGGGAUUAGUACAUCGCGACCUGAAGCUUGAGAACGUCCUAAUUUGGGUAGAUCCAAACACACAAAAAGUGAUAAUGAAGUGGGCGGAUUUUGGACUGAGUAAACGAGUCAACGAAAAAGGAAGUUACUCAAUGCAGAGCGGAGUUAAGGGUACCCGGUAUUAUUUAGCACCAGAGAUUUUACUUGAAGAACAUAAAAGUACGUCUGCAAGUGGAACAAUAUCAACAAUUAAACGAGGAAACAUCAAAAGUGAUGUAUUUGCAGAAGGAAUCGUAUUCGGCUACUUUCUUUUGGGUGGUGUUCAUCUUUUUGGUUCAGGUCAUCAUAUUCCAUUCAAUAUAAUCGAAAAUGAGCCUCCCAAUCUGCCAAACAUUCAACCAAAAGACCUACGUAUGCUGAUCCAAAAAAUGUUGGAAAAAGAUCCACAUAAACGAAUUACUUCUUCUGACGUCACGCAGGAACUCCAAGAAAUUGAAAUGUCAAUUAACAAAUCAAUAUUUGCCGAAGAUACUUAUCCAAGCGUGGAAGAAGUCGAAAAACUGUUACAGAAAGGAAUGGAUAUAAACUCUGUGGACGAAAAAGGGUUGACUCCACUUCUGCAUUUGGCACUUCCCAAAAAAAAAUGA